AUGUUUCCAUUUCAACCACUCACCACGCCCACCAGCAAUGCACCCACCGUCAAGUUUCAUCUUAUCGACACUCCUGAGGAUCUUUGCCACGACCCACAAUGUCCAUGGGACUCUGUUAUGGUCAAGUACUUUAAACUCAAGUCGGUACCGAUUCCCAUCAAACACAAGUACAAUGUCAAUGCACAAGAGUUUGUUCCGGCAAGUCGUCGUCCGGUCAUGCUCACAGAGCCUAUAACGAGGGUCCAGAGUGUGCCACUCCCGACUCCCAAUCCACGCACCUCUGGUAUCUUUGAGAUACCAGGGCCUAAGCCGACACCUGCUCCUUACGAGAACAAAUUUACAGUGCUCUACUCUACGUCCGAGUUUGGUCAGUCUCUCAAGCCAUCCCGUCCCAGUAGCAAGGCACCUUCCGAGGCAGCAACAGGUUCGGGUACAGAUUAUGCACCAUCCAAUCAGUCUCCAGAGAAGUUUCUCCUUGAACUUGCCGAGCAACAGCAGAAACUAAGCGCACUCUACGAUAUGGAAGCAACCGCUGCAAAAGAUGUCAAAGCCUGGCACCUUGCCACCUCGACGUUCAACGAGGCCCUCCUCGAGCUGGCCCCCUCUGUGCUCGAACGGGCCAAACGCCACUUAGCCGAAGCCGCUAUCCAACGCAUUACGACGCACGAAUCCGGGAUGCUCGAACAGAGCCGUCGCAUCGUCAAAGAGGUUGCCUCCAUCAAGAGUGAGCUUGCAGGCAACUUCCACCAGGCGGAGUGUCAGUUGAUGGGGGCCCGUCUUGACAAUAUUAGCAAUGCGCUUGCUAAAGUCGAGAAGGAGCUCAUUGCACGGGCCAUGUCCGAAGCGGCCGCACGAAAUCGAAAGGCUGUCGACCCCUAUUUGGCCUUUGCCACUCUUCAGGAGCAAGCCAGAUUGUUGCAACUAGAAGACAUGGAACUUCGCAGACAAACCCAGGAGCUCGCCUCGAUGAUGCCACCUUACUAG